UCCUGGAGAAGGAAGAGGAAGAGAAUCAAAGGGGGGGGGAAGAGCGAGCACUGAAGCGCUCCCUGUUGCCCUUUCAAAGCCCCUCCCUUCGCCGAUCUCCGGCUGGGCGUGUGACUGCGCGCUCCGGAGGGGAGGAGGGGUUUGAUGGAUUGAACUGCAGUUGCUUAGCUGGAGGCUGGAGAAGCCGUUUGGAGAAGGCGCGAUCGGGGUUUUCCUCCCAGGCGGAUCGCCGUCGGGAGAGGGAGGCGGCCCUCACCCAAACCCAGCCAAGAAAGUGGGAAGGAAGAGCAAGCUGCCGCUUCCCCUCUGAAGAAUGAAUGAGUCCGCCGGGGGAUGCCGCUCGAUUCUCGCCGAGCCUGUUUGAGCCGCUGAUCGAGGCAGGCGAGGCUCUGCUUCUCUCUCUCUUUCUCGCAAGGCGCGAAGCAGGCAAGAUUUGGCGAGCGGGUCCGGCUUUGUUCUGCGGCUUUUCACAGCCUGACCGCGCCUCGAGGCUGCUCUUCAGGUUGCUGCUGAAUAAAUGAUUCAUGGCGACACGGUCAGCCGCCGCUUGGACCCCGGGCGCGUGGUGAUUGGAUGCUCCCUGCGCUGAUCUCCGUCUCUUCCCAGCCAGCUUGCCUUCCUGCAGGAUCCGGAUUGCUCCUGAUCUCCUGCGGUGCCUCAGGGAUGGCUGGCGGUGAGGUUGCAUUUUAAUUACGCUCCGGCCCGGCGCCUGCCGGAAGGGGGGGAUGGUGUAAGGGCAGCUACGGGAGAGAGGGCUUGAAACGGAGCCAGGCGAGGCUCUUUCUGCAGCGAUUGCUGAGCCAUCCCCUCAACACCAUGGGGAAUAUCUCUUCCAACAUCUCCGCCUUCCAGUCCCUGCAUAUUGUCAUGCUGGGCUUGGACUCUGCCGGCAAAACCACGGUGCUCUACCGGCUCAAAUUCAACGAGUUUGUCAACACGGUGCCCACCAUUGGCUUCAACACGGAGAAGAUCAAGCUGAGCAACGGCACUGCCAAGGGCAUCAGCUGCCACUUCUGGGACGUGGGUGGCCAGGAGAAACUGCGGCCGCUUUGGAAGUCCUACAGUCGCUGCACGGAUGGCAUCAUUUACGUGGUGGACUCGGUAGACGUGGACAGGCUGGAGGAAGCCAAGACCGAGCUGCACAAAGUCACCAAGUUUGCUGAGAACCAAGGCACUCCCUUGCUGGUGAUCGCCAACAAGCAAGACCUGCCCAGAUCGCUGCCUGUGGUAGAAAUAGAAAAGCAGCUGGCUCUGCACGAGCUCACCCCAUCCACAACAUACCACAUCCAGCCAGCUUGUGCCAUCAUUGGUGAGGGGCUCACCGAAGGCAUGGACAAACUCUACGAGAUGAUCCUCAAGCGCAGAAAGUCCUUAAAGCAGAAGAAGAAGCGGUAGACAAGACACUGGAGGGAGUUGCGAACCCAUUAAAAAUAGACUCGAGAGUUUGAUCUGCUGGCUUGACACCUCAGUUGUGGAGCAUCAGAUAAAUGCCUGUGCCCAUAUCCCUUUCCAUGACAUUCAAGACCCUUUCAGUUUGCUUAUCUGUUAAGAGACAGGGCAUCGUAUUGUGCUGGCUGGCACUUGGGAUGCAGGUCAUAUCUGCAUGUCAGCCCUCCCCCCCUCCCCAGUGAAGCCACCAUGAGCCAGUAAAAUUGGAGAAAGCCUCUGCUGUGUAAUGUUCUAGCAGGACUAGAAGAUGGGGAAGUACAACAUCAUUUUACCAACUGCUUCUGUCCCUGCGGACUAAUAUACAAAAUGCAUACUCUUGCUGCAUUCCUCUGGGAGGUUUCUUUUAAUAUAUAUAUAUAUGGGAGAAACUUGCAAGAUGAAUGUCAGAAAGCUUGACAUUACAGGGCAGGACCCUGUUUCAUUUGGAUUAAAGUUUGUGCUCCCAUCUCAGGAUCUUAGUAGAAGCCCAAGGUGAUGUGUGCAUGAAGAACUAGACUUAAGAAAUAUUGCUUGAUAGGAAAAAGAUGUUGUGAUGGGGGGGGGACUGAUGCAUAUAAAAAUACAUCUUCAAUGUAUAUUGUCUAGCAAUGGCUCUUUAAAGCCAGCCUUUGUGGAAACUGUUUUUCAGUCUUACAGCAGACAUCUCCAGGGCAUUUAUGGUCUGGCAUUGUGUAGGGUUAUUACUACAGCCUACAAGAUGUAUCAAAUUGGUGAACACGUGAUGCGGUGCUGCUUCUGGGAGUGAUUUCUGUGUUUGGAGGAAAGGGUUCCCUGCCAUUUCAGUUGGGCUUGAGGAUGUGCCCAGCUAUCCCUCCCAGCAGUCGAGGUGGAGCUUUGCUCCUUUUGCUAUGCUGCCUGUGGAGGGGCUUCAAAGAGUGGGGCAAACAGGAUAGCCCUUUAGGUAUCAUCCAGAGUGUGGCACCCAUGUACUUCUAUAUUAAAAGAGAAUUCUGUAUGUUGAUGGUGUAUUGAUGCACUGGAAUUGUAAAAUCUAAGCUGCCCGGAUCAUUUGUGACCCGCAGCUGCUGCCUGGUGCUGUGUUCUAAGCAUUACACUAGACGAUUUUGUUAUCUUUUCAUAACCAAUCUACCCACUGUAGCAAUAACCAGGAAAACAUUUUUAAAUUAUACCUUCUUAUCAUAACAUUAAACUGCAGGCAUGCAUUGUUCUUCACAUUGAAUCCAAUCAGAAA